CGCCCUGCGCCUCGGACGGGGCCGCCGCGAUGGGACGCCGCGCCCGGGCCCCUGCGCGCCGCUGAGCCGAGCUCCCGCGUCGCCGAGCCCCCCGCGACCGCCGCCAGCUGCUGCUCACCUCGUCCCCCGGGCCGGGAGCCUCGCCCCCCGCCCCCCCGGAAAGCUGGAUUUCCGAGGCUGGAGGCGCCUGGCCGGCUGGGUGGGGACCACCAUGGGCAACGCGGCCGGCAGCGCGGAGCAGCCCGCGGGCCUGGCCGCGCCGUCACCCAAGCAGCCCGCGGCACCCAAGCAGCCGAUGCCCGCGGCAGGAGAGCUGGAGGAAAGGUUUACCCGCGUCCUGAACUGCAUGAACUUGCCCCCGGACAAGGUCCAGCUGCUGAGCCAGUAUGACAACGAGAAGAAGUGGGAGCUCAUCUGUGACCAGGAGCGGUUUCAAGUCAAGAACCCCCCCACAGCCUAUAUCCAGAAGCUGAAGAGCUACCUGGAAACUGGUGGGGUCAGCCGAAAGGUAGCAUCGGAUUGGAUGUCCAACCUGGGGUUUAAGAGGCGAGUGCAGGAGUCCACUCAGGUGCUGCGGGAGCUGGAGAUCUCCCUGAGGACAAACCACAUUGGGUGGGUGCAGGAGUUCCUCAACGAGGAGAACCGUGGCCUGGAUGUGCUCCUCGAUUACCUGGCCUUCGCCCAGUGCUCUGUCACGUAUGACAUGGAGAGCACAGACAAUGGGGCCCCAAGCUCGGAGAAGAGCAAGCCCCUGGAGCAGUCCGUGGAAGACCUCAGCAAGGGCCCACCCGCAUCCUCGGCGCCACAGCCCAGGAGUCGCCACCUGACCGUCAAGCUGACCCCAGCCCACAGCAGGAAGACCCUGCGGAACUCCCGCAUCGUCAGCCAGAAGGAUGACGUCCACGUCUGCAUUAUGUGCUUGCGUGCCAUCAUGAACUACCAGUCUGGCUUCAGCCUCGUCAUGAGCCACCCAGCCUGUGUCAAUGAGAUUGCGCUGAGCCUCAACAACAAGAACCCCAGGACCAAGGCUCUGGUGCUGGAGCUGCUGGCGGCUGUGUGCCUGGUGCGGGGAGGACACGACAUCAUCCUUGCAGCCUUUGACAACUUCAAGGAGGUGUGUGGGGAGCAGCACCGCUUUGAAAAGCUGAUGGAGUAUUUCCGGCAUGAAGACAGCAACAUCGACUUCAUGGUGGCCUGCAUGCAAUUCAUCAACAUCGUGGUGCACUCAGUGGAGAACAUGAACUUCCGGGUCUUCCUGCAAUAUGAGUUUACCCACCUGGGCCUGGACCUGUACUUGGAGAGGCUUCGGCUCACAGAGAGCGACAAGCUGCAGGUGCAGAUCCAGGCGUACCUGGACAACGUGUUUGAUGUGGGCGUGCUGCUGGAGGACACCGAGACCAAGAAUGCUGUGCUGGAGCACAUGGAGGAGCUGCAGGAGCAGGUGACCCUGCUGACAGAGCGGCUUCGGGACGCGGAGAACGAAUCCAUGGCUAAGAUCGCGGAGCUGGAGAAGCAGCUAAGCCAGGCCCGGAAGGAGCUGGAGACCAUGCGGGAGCGCUUCAGCGACCCCGCCGCCGCGGGCGUCCCCAGGCGGCCGCCGGAGCCGGAGAAAGUGCCCGCCCCCGCCGCGGCACGGCCCUCGGCUCUGGAGCUGAAGGUGGAGGAGCUGGAGGAGAAGGGGCUGAUCCGUAUCCUGCGGGGCCCCGGGGAUGCUGUCUCCAUCGAGAUCCUCCCAGUCGCUGUGGCAACUCCAGGCGGCGGUGAUGCCCCGACUCUGGGAGUGCCCCCCGGUUCCCCCAGCCCAGAGCCGGUUCCCGGAGCAGCAGCCCCGCCCCCACCGCCCCCGCUGCCCGGCCUCCCCUCCCAGCAGGACGCCCCGCUCGUGGAGCCCCCGCUGGCCCCGCCCCUCCCCGGCAGCGCGGAGUCCCCGCCGCCGCCGCCCCCGCUGCCCGGAGUCCUACCGCCCCCUCCGCCGCCGCCGCCGCCUCCUGGCCCAGGUGGACUGGUGCCUCCGCCACCCCCACCGCCCCCCGGAGGUCUCUCUGAUGCCCUUGGAGAGCCUGGCCCAGAGAUGGGCCCAGGAGUGAAGGCCAAGAAACCCAUCCAGACCAAGUUCAGAAUGCCCCUCUUAAACUGGGUAGCCCUGAAACCCAGCCAGAUCUCGGGUACUGUCUUCACUGAGCUCAAUGAUGAGAAGGUGCUGCAGGAACUGGACAUGAGCGACUUUGAGGAGCAGUUCAAGACUAAGUCCCAGGGUCCCAGCCUGGACCUCAAUGCUCUCAAGGGUAAAGCAGCCCAGAAGGCCCCCAGCAAGGCCACACUCAUUGAGGCCAACCGGGCCAAGAACCUGGCCAUCACCCUGCGCAAGGGCAACCUGGGGGCGGACCGCAUCUGCCAGGCCAUCGAGACGUACGACCUCCAGGCCCUUAGCCUGGACUUCCUGGAGCUGCUGACCCGCUUCCUGCCCACGGAGUAUGAGCGCACCCUCAUCGCCCGCUUCGAGCGGGAUCAGCGGCCGAUGGAGGAGCUGUCAGAGGAGGACCAGUUCAUGCUGCGCUUCAGCCGCAUCCCGCGCCUGCCAGAGCGCAUGGCCGCGCUAACCUUCAUGGGCAACUUCCCGGAUACUGUCCAGCUGCUCAUGCCGCAACUGAACGCCAUCAUCGCAGCCUCAAUGUCCAUUAAGUCGUCUGACAAACUCCGCCAGAUCCUGGAGAUUGUCCUGGCCUUCGGCAACUACAUGAACAGCAGCAAGCGUGGAGCAGCCUAUGGCUUCCGGCUCCAGAGCCUGGAUGCGCUGCUGGAGAUGAAGUCGACUGACCGAAAGCAGACCCUGCUGCACUACCUGGUGAAGGUCAUUGCUGAGAAGUACCCACAGCUCACAGGCUUCCACAGUGACCUGCACUUCCUGGACAAGGCGGGCUCAGUGUCCCUGGACAGCAUCCUCGGGGACGUGCGCUCCCUGCAGCGAGGCCUGGAGUUGACCCAGCGGGAGUUUGUGCGGCAGGAUGACUGCGCGGUGCUCAAGGACUUCCUGAGGACCAACUCACCCACCAUGGAUAAGCUGCUGGCGGACAGCAAGACCGCUCAGGAGGCCUACGACUCUGUGGUGGAAUACUUUGGCGAAAACCCCAAGACCACGUCCCCCUCCAUGUUCUUUACCCUCUUUAGCCGCUUCGUCAAGGCCUACAAGAAAGCUGAGCAGGAGGUGGAACAGUGGAAGAAAGAAGCGGCUGCGCAGGAGGCAGGCGCCGAAACGCCAGGCAAAGGGGAAUCCCCAGCACUCAAGUCCCCACCCAAGGUUCGGAGGCCACAGAUGGACCUCAUCUCGGAGCUGAAACGGAAGCAGCAGAAGGAGCCGCUCAUCUAUGAGAGUGACCGGGAUGGGGCCAUUGAAGAUAUCAUCACAGACCUGCGGAACCAGCCCUACAUCCGCACAGACACAGGCCGCCGCAGCGCUCGCCGGAGACCCCCGGGACCCCCCCUGCAGGUCACCUCGGACCUCUCGCUGUAGCCCCUGUUUCCGCAGAUGGACUCUGGGGAUGGGGGAGACGGGGCAAGACGGGGCUCAAGGAAGGCGGUCCUCAGCUCGGCUGGGCCGGGCAGCCCUUCUGUCGCUGUCCCCAGCCAGGGGCUCACCCAAAUGGGCAGGCCCACUCUCAUCUUGCUACGGGGGUCAGUAUCGCCGGCCCCUCCCCCCAAAGGCUGCUUGCAGCACCCUUCUCCCCCCAAUAGCCAUACUGUACUUAGCCUCAGCGGGAGCCUGGCCGGUAACUUAUAAAGUGCAACCUCGCCCCUCCCCCCAUCCGGGGACUCUCCAUGGACCUUAUUUUUAUACAAGAUUAAUAAAGAUGUUUGCAAAA